AUGGGUCACCAGCAGCUCUACUGGAGCCAUCCUCACAAAUUCAGCCAGGGGUCUCGGUCUUGCCGUGUAUGUUCUAACUGGCAUGGCCUGAUCCACAAGUAUGGCCUGAAUGUGUGCCGCCAAUGCUUCCGACAAUAUACAAAAGACAUCAGUUCCAUUAAGUUGAACUAA